AUGAUGAAUCAAGAAAUUAUGUGCGAAGUUGAGAUUGGUACACACGAUGGCAUGGUUGAGAUUGAUGUCGAUGAACAAGUCGGGGUAAAGUAUGAAGAAAUUGAGACUGGCCAAUACGAGGAAUAUAUAACGGAUGAUCAGUAUGAGGAGGUUGAAGAACAGGUUAUUGGUAUGCAGCAUUUAGAAGAAGAUUAUAAAAUUUCAGUUGGCAGCGAGGAGGUUAUACUACCAGGGAUAUCCGAGGAGGUUCUACAUAAUGAUGCUACAUACGACAAUGUUUACCAACCACCCGGAAAUAGCAGAAGAGGUCGUGGCAGACCGAAGGUGAACACCUCAAACAACAUACACCACUUGAUGCCGAUAGGUGAAGUACCAAUGGGUUUGAUGGAGAAUAACUCAGGUCGAGCUGCUCGCAGAUGGGAACAGAAGCAAGUCCAGAUCAAAACUAUGGAGGGAGAGUUCUCAGUGACUAUGUGGGCUACUGGAGAGGAUGAUGAUGACGGAUCAAACCCUGAACCAGAUCCCGAUUACACUGAGUAUAUGACGGGGAAGAAGAAUGUACUGGGAAAUGAUAAUAUGCCAGGUUUAGAUUUAUCAGAUCCGAAGCAAUUGGCGGAGUUCGCACGUCCGGGACAUAAGAUAAGGCUGAAAAAACCUUCUCCGGAGUCAUCAGACAGAACUAUAGCGUGUCCACACAAGGGUUGUUCAAAGAUGUUCAGAGACAAUUCUGCCAUGAGGAAACAUUUACACACGCACGGACCAAGGGUACAUGUGUGUGCCGAAUGUGGUAAGGCGUUUGUAGAGAGUUCAAAGUUGAAACGUCACCAAUUGGUCCACACAGGAGAAAAACCUUUCCAAUGUACCUUUGAGGGAUGUGGCAAGAGAUUCUCGUUGGACUUUAAUCUUAGAACCCACGUCCGUAUUCACACGGGAGAUCGCCCUUAUGUCUGUCCGUUCGACGGCUGUAAUAAGAAAUUCGCGCAGUCAACGAACCUCAAGUCACACAUACUGACACACGCUAAGGCCAAAUCAAGAAAUUCCCUGUCUCGGAACGGUAAUGCCUAUGAAUCAGCGAGAACAACACCACAAUAUGUUCAGCUGGAAGUGUCUCCAGAUGAUUCAAAUCCUCAACUAAUCUUCUACACUCACGAGUGA